AUGGCAUUUGUUAGCUUUUUGAUCCCCUGCCUUGUGGUCAGCACUGAUACUGCUUUCUCUUGCCAGAAUCCUGCUGACUUUGUGGGUGCCAGUUCUCCAGGGGACAUUGUUAUUGGAGGCUUGUUUGCAGUCCAUAGCAAAAUGCUGCGUCCAGAGGAGUAUCCCAUCAAACCAGUAAUUCAGAAAUGUGCUGGCUUUGAAAUUCAAAUUUUUCUUCAGACACUUGCAAUGAUCCAUGCUAUUGAAACGAUCAACAAUUCCACCCUGCUACCUCAAGUUACUCUGGGCUACGAAAUCUAUGACACCUGUGCAGAUGUGACCAAAGCCAUGGCAUCUGCUCUGAGGUUCCUGGCUAAAUUCAAUUCUUCUGAGGAUGCUGUAGAGUUCAGGUGUAAUUACUCAGACUACGUCCCAAGAGUUAAGGCAGUCACUGGAGCCAGCUACUCGGAGGUGUCAAUGGCAGUGUCAAGGUUGUUGGCUUUGCAACUAAUCCCACAGGUCAGUCCUGCAUCAUCAGCUGAAAUCCUCAGUGACAAAAUCCGGUUUCCUUCUUUCUUCAGGACUAUCCCUAGUGACUUCCAUCAGACAAGAGCCAUGGCCCACUUGAUCUGUGAGUCUGGGUGGAACUGGGUUGGAGUAAUAGCCACUGAUGAUGACAAUGGACGUUUCGCUCUGGAGAGCUUUGGGGUCCAGGCCAUGGCAAACAACCUUUGCAUAGCUUUUAAAGAACUGCUGCCUGCCUAUCUGUCUGACACCACCUUUCACACCAAAGUUGAUCAUGCAAUUGAGAAGAUUGUCAAGGAAACCGAAGUAAAUGUUAUCGUUGUCUUCAUGAGACAGAUCCAUGUGCUCAAGCUAUUUAAGAAGGCAAUUGAGAGGAAUGUGAAUAAAAUCUGGAUUGCCAGUGAUAACUGGUCAGCUGCAGUCAAAAUCAGUACAAUUCCCAAUAUCAGACAGCUGGGGACCAUUGUGGGGUUUGGAUUUAAAAGUGGAGACAUCUCUGCAUUCCAAGACUUUCUGAGAAAGCUUCCUGAAAAGCCCACUGAGAACAACAAGUUUUUACGUGAAUACUUUGUGCUUUUGUCAGUCUGUGCACACCUGGAUUAUCAUGAUUUUCAGAUGUGCAUUUCAAACCAAUCCCAGGAUGAUCUGUUGCAAAAUGUUGAGAAUAAACAUCAGAUCUGGAGAGAUGACUUUUUGAAGGCUACCAUUGAACCAGGAUUUAUCCACAGUACUAAACUUGCAGUCUAUGCCAUUGCUCGUGCCAUUAAAGGGCAAUGCCAAGGCAGAGACUGCAAAGAUCCUUCUGCUGUUGCUCCCUGGGAGCUCCUUGAAGAGCUUAAAAAUGUUGCAGUCAUUGAUGAUGAUGAUAAAGAGAUCAAGUUUGACUCCAAUGGGGAUAUAAGCACCAGAUACAAUGUACUGCUUUGGAAAGAAAUUGAUGGCCAUAUGGAAAUCACGACUGUGGCAGAAUAUGACCCAGAGAAAGGUGGUUUUAUCUUUGAGGAUGAAGAGAAGAAAAAAGAAUUUCUGGAUUUAAAGAAGGUUCAGUCAACAUGCUCCCAGCACUGCAGGCCAGGCCAGAUGAAGAAGGUUACAGAAAGUCCACACACAUGCUGUUAUGAGUGUGUUUACUGCCCAGAAAACCAUUACAGCAAUCAAACAGAUAUGGACUACUGCUACCGAUGCAGCAACAGAACCUACUGGGCUCCCAUCAACAGCACCACAUGCUACAGAAAGACAAUCCAUUUCCUCACCUGGACUGACUGGUUUGCUGUUUUCCUCCUCCUCCUCUCUGCCUUUGGGGUCCUGUUGGUUUUGUCAGUUAGUGUAAUAUUUACUAAAAACCUGCACACCCCGGUCGUAAAGGCAUCUGGAGGCCUAACUGUCUGCUAUAUCAUCCUCUUCAGCCACUUCCUAAUUUUUUUAAGCACUGUCUUCUUCAUAGAUGAGCCCACAGAAUUCAAGUGUAAGACCAGACAAGCCCUCUUUGGCAUAAGUUUUGCACUCUGUGUUUCAUGUAUUUUAAUAAAGUCACUGAAAAUUUUGCUAGCCUUCAGCUUUGACCCCAAGCUGCAGAAUUUCCUCAAGUGUCUGUAUAAACCUGUUCCCACUGUGGUCGCCUGCACUGGAAUUCAAGUCAUCAUUUGCACCUUCUGGCUGACAUUUAGGACCCCUUUUGUGGAGCAAAAUUUCUCAAUGCCAAGAGCAAUAAUUCUGGAGUGCAACGAGGGCUCCAUCGUGGCUUUUGGGAUCAUGUUGAGCUACAUCGCUGCCCUCGCCUUCGUUUGUUUCAUAUUUGCCUUUAAAGGUAGGAAGUUGCCAGAGAACUACAACGAAGCAAAAUUCAUCACCUUUGGCAUGCUAAUUUACUUUAUAGCAUGGAUUGUAUUUAUCCCUGUCUAUGCAACUACAUUUGGCAAAUACCUGCCAGCAGUGGAAAUCAUCGUUGUGCUAAUAUCCAAUUAUGGAAUACUCUGCUGCACUUUUCUUCCCAAGUGCUAUGUCAUCAUUUACAAGCAAGAAACCAACACAAAAUCUGCCUUUCUCAAAAUGAUUUACACUUACUCCACCAAGAGUGCCAGCAGUGUUGCUGUUAGCCAGAUUUCUUUGGAUUCAAAGUCUUCCAGCUCCCGAGCUACUGUCCCAGACUCGUGUAAAUCUGAGAACUCUGUGAAUGGAAACAGUCAUUGCCUAGUGCCUGGGCAGAUACUAACAGGAAAAGCUCUUCCUAAAAAUACUGAAAGGACUGUGGUCAGGAAAAGACUCUCCAGCAUAUGA